AUUUCUGUUUAAACUGUCUCCAUAGUGAUAGCGCGUCACUUGGUAUAAUUUUAAAUCCAUACACGACAUUGAGUUGGUGCUUGGCUACGGAUCGAUAUCAGCGAACAAAACCACAUAAAGCGACAGGAGAAGAUCAAAAACAAGACUACAGAAAGCGACAGGAGAAGAUCAAACACAAGACAGGAGAAAGCGACAGGAAGAGAAGAAACCCGAUGGAUUUAGGAAGAUUUCUCCCGGGUCUGAGGAGCUGGACUCUCCGUGAGAUCGGCUGUGCUGCGGGGCUGCUCGCUGUCUCUGCAGGUGCGGGUUACUGCGUUUACCGCUACUUGCAGGGACAAAGCGCUGCUGCUGACCACACUCAGCCAGCUCACGACUCUGUGGAUGUGCUGGGAGGAUCACUUCAUACUCCCUCUGUCCUCCAGGUCGUUGAGCCCGAAGUGCAGCUUCUUCAAACUGAACCUCAGGUGGACACUUCAGCUGUCAGUCUGCCUCCCAGUACUGGUGAGCUAAACAGAGCCUGGUGCGAUGCUCAGGUUCAGUCUCCAGACUGCAUCAGCUCCCAGUCUGAGUCAGUUGACAUCAAGAGAGACACUGAACCUGACGUGGACACUUCAGCUGUCAGUCUGCCUCCCAGUACUGGUGAGCUAAACAGAGCCUGGUGCGAUGCUCAGGUUCAGUCUCCAGACUGCAUCAGCUCCCAGUCUGAGUCAGUUGACAUCAAGAGAGCCACUGAACCUCACCAUGACACUUCAGCUGUCAGUCUGCCUCCCAGUACUGGUGAGCUAAACAGAGCCUGGUGCGAUGCUCAGGUUCAGUCUCCAGACUGCAUCAGCUCCCAGUCUGAGUCAGUUGACAUCAAGAGAGCCACUGAACCUCACCAUGACACUUCAGCUGUCAGUCUGCCUCCCAGUACUGGUGAGCUAAACAGAGCCUGGUGCGAUGCUCAGGUUCAGUCUCCAGACUGCAUCAGCUCCCAGUCUGAGUCAGUUGACAUCAAGAGAGCCACUGAACCUCACCAUGACACUUCAGCUGUCAGUCUGCCUCCCAGUGCUGGUGAGCUAAACAGAGCCUCGUGCAUUGUUCAGGUUCAGUCUCCAGAGUCCUUCAGCUCCCAGUCUGAGCCAGUGAACAUCACAAGAGACAUCCUCAGAAUAUUAAGGGGUCCAGAGAGUCGACUCUGUGAAACCAGAGUGCUGUACCUCUUGAAUCACGAGGAAUUCUCUUAUGACACUGAGGACUGGUUCACUGGCAUUCAGGUUGUUGAGGCAAACCUGCAGCUGCAGCCUACUGAACCUCAGGUGGACACUUCAGCUGUCAGUCUGCCUCCCAGUACUGGUGAGCUAAACAGAGCCUGGUCCGAUGCUCAGGUUCAGUCUCCAGACUGCAUCAGCUCCCAGUCUGAGGGAUUCUCUCAUUUUAAGCAUACUGAGGACCAUCUCACUGGACCUCAGGUUGUCGAGCCAUAUGAUGAGCUGCUGCCCACCGCAUCUCACGAUGACCUUUCAGCUUUUGUUCUGCCACUCACUGCUGGAAUACUGGACCACGCCUGGAAGAAUGUUCAGUUCCUCUCUGCUGACUGCUUCAGCUCCCAGUCUAGGUCAGUGGAAAAUAAAACCUGCUACUGCUGGAUGAUAAGGGGUCCGGAGAGUGUGUUCUGCUGGUUUAAUACCACCAAGACCUGCUACUUGAACCACAUGGGAAUCCCUUAUGUUACCCAUAUUGAGGACUCUUUCACUGGCAUUAAGAGCAUAUCUGGGAGGGUUACAGAAUAUCUUUGUUGUAACCACAUGGAAUCAUCCGUCCUUGUGGCACUGGAGGAUUAUGGGCACAUCUUUAAGAAGGUGACCUGCACAUACCUGCAUGUGCUUGAAGAUGGGCAGGUGGACACCGCCACUUGGGAAACGAAAGAGGUUUGCUCUCCUCACAGUUCACAGAGCAACUCUGAGGACUGUGAGGAGGGAUUUAGCCCAGAGGAGGUGGAGGUGCCCUUUAUUAGCCGCCAUCUUUCAGACAGAGAGGUGACUGACAUGGGCUUGAAGCUGCCUGCUCUCCGCCAGGCGUUUGAUGCUAUGGUAGGCUGCAUGCUUAAUCUGAACUUCCUGUUUCUGACUGGAAAGAAGAUUGUCAUGCAAUUGGCAGCAGCUAACAACCAGGACGCAGUUCACGUACGGUUGGCCUACGAGGCGCUGAUUCGGUUCCUGAGGACAUCAUCUAACCAGGAAUCCAUUGCAGCAGAGCUCUCCGGGGCCGGUCUCCAUUUCAACUUCUUGGAUGUAUUCUAUGAACUGCUCAUCAUCGGCUACUACGGCAACGGCUUUGUACCUGAGACAUUUGAGGGAGGAUUCUUGCAGCGGCUGAUGGCACUCGUCAGCAUGUGGGACCUGGACGUGUGGGAGCCUGCAGCGGAGCUGUAUUUUACAGUGCUUAUUGAUCAGCUGACAGAACUUUUAGAAGUUCUGUUUUCUCAGCCCCUGGAGCUCUACAAAGACCCAGAAGCCUUGGCCACUGCAGCUACGAGACUCAUCAAGCAGCACGUCCAGCUGAUGAUGAACACUUUGGAGAAGCUUUGAGCUGUGUUCCCUUAACCCUACACCUCCCCAUUCCCUGCCAUCCCUCACCCCAAACACACACACACACACACACACACACACACACACAUAGCUCAAGCUCUCCACAGGUAGGUAUGAAUAAAUUUUGUAUUCCUUGUAUUCCUACCUUUGUAUAUAAAUGUCUCUUUUUGUCUUUUUUAACAGGUCUUCAGGACUCGAGGACAUCAUUUUUAUAUACUUUUUAGCCUGUGUCGAAUUUUUUUUUCCCCUUUAUCAAUCCCACCUCCCCAAUUACCCUCUUAUUCCUCUUAGUAGAAUGUAGACAC